AAACCAAAAUGGAUGCGCUCUUUGAAAGCAGUGACGAAGAUUCAAUUUAUGGCGACGAAUUUCAUGGGUUUGACCCAACUGAUAUCGUGCAACCACGCAGACCGAUCGAUGAGAUCGAAUCAGACAUUGAAGUGAGCGAUGUGAGUAGUGUUGAGUCGCCAUCGUCGAGCGAUGUGUCAGAUGACGAGCCUGACAAUGAUCAAGAAUGGACCAACAAUUUCACAAAUUUCCGGACUGCUGAUUUCCGGGGACAGACAGGUCCAAGACUGCCCGAUAACUUUGAUGUUCAGACCGCCUCUGCUUUGGACUUCUUCUAUCUGCUGUUCCACCCAGCAAUGUUCGCAGAUAUGGCAAGGCACACAAACAAUUACGCACGUUGGAAGGCAACGCAGGACCAACCAGAUGACAAGUGGGUGGAAACGAAUGAAAACGAAAUGAAGGCUUUCAUCGGAAUAAAUGUUCUAAUGGGUAUAAACGCUUUGCCAGAACUGGACAUGUAUUGGUCGUCAAAUCCGUUGGUUGGAAACUCAGCAAUACAAAACAUUAAGACUUGUAACCGCUUUCAGAAACUGUCCCAAUAUUUUCACGUAUCUGACCGAGCUACAGAACCUCCUCGUGGAAGCCAGAAUUAUGACCGCCUGUAUAAAGUGAAACCUGUGAUUCAACACGUGUCAGAAACAUUCCUAAUGUCAUACGAUCUUUCACAGCAAGCAGCAGUAGAUGAAGCCAUGAUCAAGUUUACGGGGAAACUAUCAUUCAGACAAUAUAUGCCGGCUAAGCCAAUAAAACAUGGAAUAAAGAUAUGGAUGUUGUGUGACUCAAAUAGUGCAUAUUUGUCAAAAUUUGAGGUGUACUUAGGACGAAACACAUACAAUGGUGAAAAUGGACUAGGCUACAAUGUUGUAACGAAACUUACGGACCAUCUUAGGCUUACACAUAGACAUAUUUUUUUCGAUAACUUUUUUACAAGUGUGCCGUUGAUGAAACAGUUACUUGAUAAUGGACUUUAUGCUUGUGGAACAGUUAGAACGAAUCGUGUAGGCUUCCCGGCAGAACUGAAAAAGCCGAACAACGUCAAGAACAGGGGUGAAUUCAAAGUGCUUCAAAAAGGGGACACUCCAUUGACAGCUUCUGUCUGGAAGGACAAAAAACAUGUACACCACCUUUCGACACUGAGUCAGCCCGACAAAACACCGCUUGCUACCCGCCGUGCAGGAGCUGAUGUGCUUCAGCGGAGACAACCCCACAGUGUUUCGGCAUACAACAGGUUUAUGGGUGGGGUUGAUCUUCACGACCAACUACGCAUGAAAUAUGAUGUCGGCAGGAACUCAAAAAAAUGGUGGAAGUAUUUAUUUUGGUUUCUUUUGAACUGUUCCAUUGUGAACAGCUUCAUAAUGUUCAAAAUGGUAUCCAGACGCAUAAACAAGAGGAAACGUUUCAACCAUCUGGAUUUUCGCUUGGAACUUGUGCGAGAUCUAAUCGGAGGUUACUCCAAGAGGAAACGAAGUGGAAUUGUAUUCGAUUAUCCAGGCCUAGUUGAUGCCCAGAACAUUCAUGGACAUGUAAAUGGACGAUUGCCUGGUCCAAAGAGACGUUGCCAGUAUCACAUGAAGCAGCUGAACGCAAGGCGCGAGACAGUUUAUGGAUGUACAGUUUGUAAUGUCCAUUUAUGCAAGGAAGGGUGCCAUCACCGGUACCAUAACCAGUAAAACUGUGUGAAUAUCUGUGAUAAUGAGUGUGUUAAUUUUUUGGGUAGAAAAUAACAUGACUGUUGGAAUUUCUAAGUGCAGAAUCAUGCUCAUCUUGGAUUAUGACAAUGGAUAAUAAUUUAUACUGGAUAUAUAAGUGUGUAAAUAGUGUAAAAUAUUUAUUUAGCAGAAGAACAUGUUAGGUAUUGAAAGCUUGUGUCUUUGAGGAUUAUCACGGAAAACUAUGUACUUUUUGCAGAUAUAGAAUGUUCAAAGUGUUCGUCUUGGAUUAUGACAGUGGAUAAUAAUUUAUACUGGAUAUAUAUUAGUGUGUAAAUAUGUGUAAAUAGUGUAUAAUAUUUAUUUGGCAGAAGAACUUGUUAGGUAUUGAAUGCCAUUUUAUUUUUUUGUGGAUUUAGAAUAAUGCGAUUUUAGGUAAAAAAGGUAACGAUGUCCAAUUUUCUGACCAAUUCAAGUUAGUACACUAGAACUUUUUCGGUUUUCGAUGCUUGAUAUCCAUUUGACAAAUUUUUUUUACAAAUAUUUCAUUUUCAAUAAUUGCAAGCAAACAAUUAUCAUUCUUUACCCUUAGUAAAUGGAUAGUUCAACAGGAUCAGAGUAACUUGAACAAGAAUGUAUAUACUUGUUUUAUAUCAACCAUAUAUGUGUU